CCACUGUAAGUGAAGUCCACCACAACCACGUAUCUCACGUUUCUUCCCAAACUUCACACGUAAUCCAAAACUUUGAGAAGGAAAUCAAUGGAUAUGUCAUCCUUCAACAUCUCCGCCACACUCUCGCUUUUCCGGCUUGUCACACGUCCGAAUUUAUGUCUUCCUCAAUCUACCUUUGCGACGUUCAACGAUCUACCAAUCCCUUUGGAUAAAGCUUUCGAGGGGAAGUAUAAGAAUGUGGAUAUUCGAGCGGUGGUUCUGGAUAAAGAUAAUUGCUUUGCGAGACCGCAUGAAAAUGGGAUUUUUGAGGGGUAUGAGGUUUGUUGGUUUCCUAUUCUUAUUCUUACAAGGCAACUAUUCUCACCCCUUCUUUACUCUCUUUAUCUUGUGUACUCAAACCAAACUCAUUCAUAUGAAAAUUGGGAUGGGGGAAUAGAGCUAAUAAAACCACCCAGAAACACUUCGCCCAUCUCGAGAAAACGUACCCCAACCGCAAACUCCUCAUCGUCUCCAACACCGCGGGCUCCUCCUCCGAUCCCACGCUUUCCCUUUCAGCGGCUGUGGUGGAAAGUACGGGGGUGCAUGUCCUUCCCCAUUCGAGGAAGAAGCCUGGGUGUGGAGGGGAGAUCAUGGAGUACUUUCGGAAGUAUCCCGAGACGGGGGUUACGAGGCCGGAACAUGUUGUUGUGAGUUUUUAUAUUUUUGAUUUACUUGGAGUUUUUGGUGUGGUGCUGUAACUUGAAGUGAUAUUGUCACUUUUACACUUUUCUCGUGAGAGCUUUCUUUGGUGGUAUUUUGCUUUUCGUUUUUGUUUUGAAGCAAGAAGGGCUUUGGGAAAGAUGCUAAUUUACUAUCCCAUUAAAAGGUUAUAGGUGACCGCCUUACCACCGAUGUCAUGCUCGCGAAUACCAUGGGGAGUUACUCGUGUUUCCUGAAAGAUGGAGUGUUGGGUGCACAGAAGCUAAGCUUUGUAAGUCCAUUCCCACUUCGGGCUCUUCAUUCCCUCCAGUUGUUUCCUUUGAAUAUACUUGAUCUAACAAGCCUUUAGCUCGCUAAAAUGGAACAGCGCUUCGCGAAUUUUAUUCUACGGAGAGGGUACGUUGCUCCUGACCCCUCGAGUCCUUUUUGAGGAAGUAGAGGGGUUGGUUGUAGGCUUUUUGUGAGAUUAUGAUGAUGAUGUAAUGUAAUUUAUGUGGAGUCUUUGAUGAUUUGCGAUGUUUUUGUUGUGGGACUUGUGGAUGUAAUUAUAGUAUCUUAAGUGAUUGUGUGUGUAGAUGCAUGUAUAUACAGAUAGAAAU